CAGUAAAGUAACACUCACAUUUAAGGUGUAAACCCGGUUACCGUCUUUAUCCAAAUAAUACAUUAAGUACAUCUUGAAUGAAGAAAAUUCCCACAAAAAAACGAUUUUUUUCGCUUCACAACAAAUGUGGUUUAAGGUUAGAUUUCUGGCGCACUUUUCUAAUCAAACAUAAUUAUGGAAAUUGCAUCGCAUUUGAACGAUUCCAAGAUUUGAUUUUAAUUGGGUUCGAAAGUAAAGUAGUCCUGGGGCAUUUAAAGAUAGAUGAGGAACAAUCGCUGGAACUCGAUAUUUUGGCAGAAUUCACUCUUAAAUCACGCUGCUGUUCCUUAACAUUUUCCCCAGAAACAUCAACCAGCAUUUUACCAAAUAAUAUAAUUUUCGCAGCGGCCUGCAAAGACUACAAGGUGCGAGUGUUUCGGAGUGAUUUAAGGGGCUCUGAUGUGUGUAAGGUCUUAAGUGAGCACAACAGUUACAUAAACGACGUUAAAUUCGACCCUGACAAUAAUUUUCUGGUGUCAGUGAGUGACGACAACACUGCCAAACUAUGGGACACCACCGAUUUUCAAUGUGUGGUGACACUGCAACUGACGUCACCUGGAAUGUCAGUAUGUUGGCACAAAGACGACGGUUCAAAAUUACUCAUUGCUGAAAAAAUCGGUUUAAUUCGUUUCUACAACGUUGAGACGCAAAAUCCAAUUCUAUCGCUUGAUUAUGGGAAGCCCCUAGCUUGUGCCCAUUGGGCGCCGUCCGAUUCGCAAUUAGUGGCAUCAUUGCAGUUAGGGGAAUUACUCAUUUGGGAUUUGUCAAAGCCGUGCGUUCCGGCGAGUAAUACUCUUGUUUUUACCGAAGCUGGAGGUUUUGUUAGGUUUAAUUCAUUUGGGAAUUUGGUGGCGGCGAUUAAUAGUCUAGAUAGUACGUUGAAAAUUGUUGAUUGUCAGAUUAAUCAAAUGAAGUUGUCAGUUCCUGUCACACUUCCGAGUAAUGUUAGUUGGCAUUGCCGAUAUCCAAUUGUUUGCGUUGGCGAUUAUAUGACGUUGACUUUUUGGAAAGUUGUCUCAAAAUAAACAUAUUUCACAUAA